UCAAUUCCCGCCAUUUCGACUCUUCUCUUCCCUCCCGAUUUUCUCUAUCUAAAAAACUCUAGAGAGAGAAAGAAAGAGAGAGAAUUUCAAUGGCGAAAUUCAUCGACGAGAAAUCGGACGGACUGGAAAUAUUAUCAAUCGGAAAACUUUACACUGGGUCAUGGGAUAAGAAGUACUGGAGCUCCUCUAGGGGAAAAGACCGCUAUCCUUAUCCUAUUGGAUACAAUGCUCUAAGGACUCAAAAUGGAGUCUCUUACAAAAUGGAAAUUCAUGAAGGCCUCAAUGGGCCAUUAUUUAUGAUUAGUUCUACAGAUGGGCAGUCAUGUAGUGGGCAAACUCCAGAUAUUGCAUGGGAGAGUUUCCAGAAAAAAGGAUGUCAAAUAAAAUUGUUGCAUGGAAAGAGACACUCCAGUAAGAUUGAUGGUGUGGAGUUUUUCGGGUUCAAGAACACAUUUGUUCAGAGGUUACUCAGGGAAUUGGUGGCAAAUACCAGUGGAACGCCAGAGCAGAAUUUCUUGUCGUCUAUCUCUCUUAGGAAUGAGACAUCUGAGGCAGUAAACCAAACUGAACUCACGGUAUCAAAAACAGAUCCUAAUCUGCUAACACACACGGAAAAACCACAAAGUGCUGGGAAGAGAAAUAUGAAAGGUAGAACCAAUAAUAUCAAGUCAGCUGCCAAAACAAGUCUCAGAAAACCUCGACGUCAGAAUAAAAGCAGCGAUAUCAAAGCUUUGAAUCCCGGCCAACAAGAAUAUGGUGAAUAUCCACCUCCCUUCUCCUCAAGUAAAAGGUCUUGCAAUAGUUCAGAAGCAUUGCAAGAGUCAGAGACCUUGCAAACAAUAAAUGAGAGAGAAAAAGUUCUGGUUCCAGUUGUAGAAUCUUUUGACAAAGAUGAUCAUCUGAAAGUAGAUAGUCUUAGUUCUCAAGGAGGGAGGAAUCAUUUGAAUCCCAAGACCGAAGUACCUAUAGAAGAAUUGGUGGCAAAUACCAGUGGUACACCAGAGCAGAAUUUCUUGUCAUAUAUCUCUCUUAGGAAUGAGACAUCUGAGGCAGUAAACCAAACUGAACACACGGUAUCAGAAACAGAUCCUAAUCUGCUAACACACAUGGAAAACCCACAAAGUGCUGGGAAGAGAAAUAGGAAAGGUAGAGCCAAUAAUAUCAAGUCAGCUGCCAAUACCAGUCUCAAAAAACCUCGACGUCAGAAUAAAAGCAGCGAUAUCAAAGCUUUGAAUCUUGGCCAACAAGAAUAUGGUGAACAUCCGCCUCCCUUCUCCUCAAGUAAAAGGUCUUGCAAUAGUUCAGAAGCAUUGCAAGAGUCAGAGACCUUGCAAACAAUUAAUGAGAGAGAACAAGUUCUGGUUCCAGUUGUAGAAUCUUCUUAUAAAAAUGAUCAUCUGAUAGUUGAUAGUCUUGGUUCUCAAGGAGGGAAAAAGCAUUUGAAUCCCGAGACGGAAAUACCAUUAGAAGAAUUGUUGGCAAAUAUCAGUGGAAUGCCAGAGCAGAAUCUCUUAUCGUCUAACUCUCUUGGAAAGGAGACAUCUGAGGCAGUAAACCAAACUGAACACAGGGGAUCAAAAACAGAUCCUAAUCUGCUAACACACGUGGAAAAACCACCAAGAACUGGGAAGAGAAAUAGUAAAGGUAGAACCAAUAAUAUCAAGUCAGCUGCCAAUAUCAGUCUCAAAAAACCUCGACGUCAGAAUAAAAGUAGCAAUAUCAAAGCUUUGCAUUCCGGCCAGCAGGAAUAUGGCGAACAUCUGCCUCCCUUUUCCUCAAGUAAAGGGUCUUGCAAUAGUUCAGAAGCAUUGCAAGAGUCAGAGAACUUGCAAACAAUAAUUGAGAGAGAAAAAGUUCUGAUUCCAGUUGUAGAAUCUUUUGACAAAGAUGAUCAUCUGAUAGUUGAUAGUCUUAGUUCUCAAGGAGGGAGGAAGCAUUUAAAUCGUGAGACUGAAAAACCAGUAGAAGAAUAUACUGAAUUACAAAAAGAUGGAAAGCUGCUUGAUAGGUCAAAAGUUCUGGAUGAGCAGGUAAUUGAGAACCAAAUGACUGCAGAGAAGGAUGGAGAAUCACCGGUCGAGAAUGGAACACAGAGAAUUAAUGAUGCCAAUCUUUGGGCACCUGAUACUUUGGAUCACCCACCAGAUGAAUCUUUUAGUCUCACUGCAGAGAUUGUGAAGGAUGUUGUAGCUUCUGCUAGUACCAUUGUUCCUGACUCUCUAAUAAUUGAUUCACAGCCAGAAAGUGAAAUGGGUACAUCUAGUUUGGAAGUGAACUCACAGAAAAGUGUGUCAGAUUCUGCUGGACAUGAAAUAGCCAACUCAAUGAUGACAUUUCUGCUUCCUCGAGCACUUCCUCUGAUUAGGACAUACACUAGAAAGAAAAAGAAUGAUACAAAAUCACCAGAAAUAUCCAUCCACAAUUCUCAGGACGAAAAUAAGAAGAUUGGCCUCUAUCUUGACUCCACAUCUGUCAGUGAGCUUGACCAGAAUUCAUUGCACAGACAGAAGAAGGUUAAUACCAGUUUUCCAGUUCGAGGUUGUGUUCCAGUAUCUACAGCUUGUUCCCUUGCAGAAGCUAUUGUCCCUGAUAGUUUUGAUAAUUCUGAAAGUGGAUAUACUCCAAGUCAGGCGUUAGCUCAGAUUCUACAAGUAGCUGAAGUUGCUAAAGAAGAUCAAAGUGUUCAAGGCUUACAUACCUGCAGACCUGAAAUUGUGGGGCCAUCAAAGAAUGAUAAUUUAGAAGCAGCAGCUUGCAAUGGUGAAACAGGAACAGAAAGAGAAAAUGACUUCUUACCAAGCACACAUAAAUUUGUUCAAGCAUCAAGAAAGGAAGUUAGUGGAACCCAAAGCACUGGAGCAAUUGUCAGUGGGAGCUUAACUAACAUUCCACUUUCUGGUGAAUCAAUGGUGCAACAUGUUUCUUUAUCUGAAAGUAUCAUCUGCAGAGAUUUCAGAGAUGAUUCUGUUCCAGAGUCAAAUGCGGACAUAAAUGCAAUGCACACCUCACAUUUCUUUCAAGGGAGCUCUUCUAAUCAGUGCCAAAUUGAACAAUCUAUAUCUACUGAUGAACCCCAUAUUGAAGGACGGCCCCUUAACUUCAAUACAAAAGAAAGAUCCUCUAGUACCAAUGGUACACCUUUUAACUUGGCCUCCAGAUCACAAGAUGAAGAAAUGGAUCAGAUGUUAGACCAUAUUCAAACUUCAAAGUUUCUUGAUUCAACUGCAACUAAUUCUGAAGGCAACUUGACUGAAAUGUUGUCCAGAGACCAACAAUGUGUCAGGUUUACUGGUCCUCUGUUAGAUAAGCAAAAACAGAAGAUAAGUUUUUCUGCUGACACCACCGAGAAAAAGGAGAAUAAUGAGAAUGUAAACAUGGAAGCCCAGGCUGAGAGUGAAAGAAGUAGUGUUCUCAAGGUUAUUGCAGGCUAUGCCCAUCCCAUGCCAAUUUCAUCAGUGCUAUUAAGUACACAAGAAAAUGAUCUUUAUAUUUGUGUUUUAUGUGGUCAACCAUUGCAUGAAGAUAGGACUAUUUUCAUGUACAAGGCCCCAAUGGAAGGAGAAGAAAGGGGGUGCCCUUCUUUUAUUGGUCAGGUUUCUAUACGUUUCCAAUUUUCAGAUGGUGCCUUUCGUGGAGAUAUUGAACUGGACAGUGCUGCUGUGCAGUUGACACCAAUUGGGCAAUCACUUGUGUUGUUCAACAGUGUAAUAGCCCCAAGCUGCAGGGAGGGUGAUAUGAAGUGCCGGUGCUCAUUAUGUGCUUUGAAUAUUUUCGAGGAAAAUGCAGUAAAGAUCGCGCAAAUUAGAAAUGGUUAUCUCUCUCUCAUUACUAAACUGAAAACGACGUUAAGGGUCUGUUGUAUAUUGGUGUGUCCACCUGAUCACCUUGUUGCUGUGGAAGAAAGUGGAAAGCUGUACGUAUGGGUCAUGAAUUCAAAAUGGAGUGCGGAGACAGAAAAACACUGUUUGCUGCCACCUGAUUGCCCACCCUUUACUAGGAUGAAAUUGAAAAGAAUACCAAAUUCUGCUAGUUUGGUUCUUGGGUACAACGGUUUCGGGGAAUUUAGCCUAUGGGAUAUAAAGAAGUGCAUGCUUGUGUCAAAGUUUUCUGCUGCCAGUACUUCUGUUUUUCAAUGUCUUCCGGUCAGUCUUUUUAGAUGGCAAAGAAAGUUCACUGUUCCUGCGGGGGUCACUGAAGAAAUUAUUAACGAAAUAACAGAUGUCACAAAGAUGUCUUUCUUGGAAAUAAGUGAUAAUCGACCCUUCUGCUCAUUAGAGGAUAAAGAUGUGGCAAUCUGGGUUCUUAUUUCAGCUGCUCCUGAUUCAAAUUCGUCUGCUUAUCAGUCUAGUGAGCAGCAUUCUGAUCCAGAUCAUUGGUGGAGGCUCGCUCUAUUGGUUAAUAACACAAUGAUCAUGGGAAAUUCUCUAGAUCCAAGGGCUACUGCGAUUGGUUUUUCAGCUGGUCAUGGGAUUAUUGGGAGAAGUGAUGGACUGGUCUACAUGUGGGAGCUAACUACAGGGAAAAGGCUCCAAACUCUGCAUCACUUCAAAGAUGCAGCUGUGUCAUCCAUUGUCUCUGAUAAUUCUAGUCAUCGUGCAGUGGCCGUAGCCAGCGAUGGAGGUCAGUUGCUGGUAUAUUUGCCAUCUUGACUGGCUUUGUUUUAUAUUGAAUGAGUAACUUUUAGAUGGAUGCCAAAGAAAUGCAGUUUUGGUAGGCCAAACCUCUUUGUAGAUCUGUAAAGUAGUAUAUUUUUGUGAUUCUUAAUAGAUCCAAUCCAAGUACAAUCAUAGAUUGUAAAUAACAGAUUAAAUUUGGAUUUUAAACAAUGAAAAUUCCAUUAUAUUUCCCUUCA